AUGGGGAUCAUGCACUUCCUGAAGACUCGGACUCGGCUUCGGGUCGAUAAUAGCAAAACCACCUCUGCUGCCACCCUUACGUUGCGCCAGAGUAUCUGGCCCUUGACUCUCGUCACCAUACUCUUCUUUCUCUGGGGAUUCGCCUAUGGCCUACUAGACACACUUAACAAGCAUUUCCAGAAUACCAUGCACAUCACUCGUACACGUUCUUCCGGACUCCAGGCAGCUUACUUUGGUGCUUAUCCACUGGCGUCCCUUGGUUAUGCGAACUACAUGCUCCGCCAUUUCGGCUACAAGACUGUUUUCAUCUUCGGGCUGACUCUAUAUGGGAUCGGCGCUCUGUGCAUGUGGCCCGCAGGCUUGCAUCGUUCAUUCGGAGGCUUCUGUGCAGCCACUUUCGUUAUUGGCUCCGGCUUGGGGUCUCUGGAGACGGCUGCCAAUCCAUACAUAACUGUCUGUGGUCCACCCAGAUACGCUGAAAUGCGUAUCAACCUUGCCCAGGCCUUCAACGGUAUCGGAACCUGCGUGGCGCCAGUGCUAGCUUCAUAUGUCUUCUUCACCUCCGUGGGUGACGAUGUCAAUGCCCUCAAGCGCGUUCAGUGGGUCUAUCUCGCCAUUGGCAUCUUUGUCUUCAUCCUUGCGGGCAUUUUCUUCAUCUCUUCGAUUCCCGAAGUGACCGAUGAGGACAUGGCCUUUCAGGUUGCCGAGACACACGCGGACGAACAGGAAAAGCCACUCCGGAAGCAAUAUAAGCUCUUCCAUGCCACACUGGCACAAUUUACUUAUACAGGCGCACAAGUUGCUAUCGCAAGCUAUUUCAUCAAUUACGUUACCGAGACCUGGCCCGGAACAUCUAGCGCCACAGCUUCCAAGUAUCUUGCCGGUGCCCAGGGUGUCUUUGCGGUUGGUCGCUUCGCUGGUGCCAUUAUCAUGAGAUUUGCAAAAGCCCGUUGGGUGUUCUUAGUCUAUCUCUCCUGCACUGUUGCUUUCAUCGCUGCUUCGAUAACGCAACAUGGCUGGACAGGAGUCGCAAUGCUCUUCUGCACCCUCUUCUUCGAAUCCGUCUGCUUCCCAACGAUCGUCGCGCUUGGUAUAUGCGGCUUGGGUAGGAACUACAAGCGGGCCUCCGGGCUCAUUGUUGGCGCUGUCUGCGGCGGAGCAGUCGUACCCCCAAUUCUCGGUCGAGUGGCGGACGCACGGAACACGGGCUUUGCUAUGAUCGUGCCGACCUUGUUUUUCGUUGUUGCAUUGUCGUAUGCCUGGGCAGUGAACCUCGUGCCUGCGUACCGCGAAACGGUGGACAAGGUGUACUCCAGUGGUGUUGGGCUUGGAGAGGAGAAUGUUAUGACUAAAGAUGUGGAGGAUGGGACCACAGCCAAGAUUGGAUAG